ACUACACAAUACCUUCAACACAUACACCUCUAAGUUAUAUCUGUUUGGACUUUUAAUGACCUGUCUUUUAAGUUUAAUUUUUGCUUCCUGGUGUUUCUCAUUUCUUCCUUUCAUCUUCUCUGUUUUCUGUAUUGCAUAUCUCCAUAGGCAUUAUUAAUUCCCUGCUCUUUAGAAAGAGUGAAUUUCUGCCACCGUAAUAGACUAUUGAAAAGGUUGUUCCCUCUCUGGAGCACAGUACCAAAUGAGUUAUGUAACAUCUUAUUGGCUCUAUAGAUGUGAAAUGGCCUUUUUCAGUUGUUAUCUUUUAUUUUAUGUCCCUUCUUUCUUGUCCUCUCUCUCAAUCAGUGAGAGACAUCUGUACAUUGUGUAAUGUAUUUAGAAAUCACCCUACAUGCUGUAUGUGAAAACUGCAUCUCACUGGAGAGAAAGGAAUCUGAUAUUAUUUAUUGGGUUCUAUGCAAGUUCUUAAAUAUAUACUACUUUACAAUAAAAUGAAUCUACUAUUUUAUUUGAAUCUUACAUGAUCCUCCUCAGCAGCGUCACAGAUUGUUUUUCUUCAGGUCAUUCUGCCUCCAUCCCAGUCUGUUAACAUGCGCAUGUGUGUGUGCAGUGUGUGUGUGUUUGAAUGUCUGUGUAAGCCAGAUCCUGGGUGCCUCUCCCUGCAUGACUCACCGGCUGUCUGCGCUGCACUGUGCUCAGCCAGAAGGGAGGUGAGUCGGGGCUCAGCAUCCCAGGAUGUGAGCUCCAGCAAUGAUUGGGCAAGGCAGCCUCAGGCUUGCAGCCAAUCACGAACCUCCCCUCUGUCCUCCAUAGCUACCGCUGUAUGAUUGGACCAGGUGUUGCAGGGCGAGGAAUGGAUAGAUGGUGAAACGAGACGAGAAUGCCCCUUACUCAUUCCCCCUUUCGUAUGUAAAGACAUGUUGUUCCUAUUAUAUACAAUUUUUACAUGUACAAAUUGUGCAUUGGAAAGUAUAUUUUUUUUGCAGCCUCUCCAUUGCUUUGGUAAUAUCUGACAAAUUAUCAGGCAUGCAAAAAUGUAAAAAGAUAGAUAGGAAAUGGCAGGAUUAUCAUAUUUCAGUUCCUACAAUAAACUGCAAGUUGAAGAGUGAGCAGGCUCCCCCAUAUUAACAUUAUGCACAUGUCAAAUGUUAUCCUCCCCCACACCGACGUACACAGAGAAAAUGAGUUGCCUAUUACAUGUUGAGCAGAAACACAAGUUGUUUAGUUUAUAUGCUUACCAUGAAUGGCGUGUUCUAUAUCACUUAUGCAUCUGUAUGAACACGCAGUACAACGUUUGCCAUUGAUCUGACAGUCCUGCUUUUCAUUCCAACCCACUACAGAGACUCGAUGCAUCAAAGUGAGUGUGUGAAGCGAUUGUGUGUGUGUGUGUAUCAUUCCGUGGGCCCACCGAUCCCACAGACUCACUCCACCCCACCAUCUUCUCCGGAAAUGCCACGUGUAGGACGGGAAUGCACACUCACGCUCACACAUUCCACAUUCGGAAUAAUACCACUUUUUAAUUUUUUCUCGGUCAGGGAGGGGUGGUAGAGGCUCGGGGGGGGGGUUUGGUGUGUAGAAGUGUGGGUCUGUUAUCAUCGUGACAACCUCUGCCCAGCGUUCCACUGGAGAAAGGGCCUUGUGUGUGUGUGUCUCCACAUGAGUGUUUGCGUGCCUGUGUGUGUGUGUGUGUGUGUGUGUGUGUGUGUGUGUGUGUGUUUGGUCCACUGGGUACCAGGAGACGCAACAUGAGUGUGUGAGCGAGCGAGCCAAACAAUGGCCCUGAUUUAGGCCGGCUGGGCAGUGGGUGAGCAUAAGGCCGGGCUAAAACGUCCAUGGAACGCACCAGUGGAGGACUGGCAUUAUGGGUAGAAUACAGUGAGGGGUCUGUGACAGAAUGAGGAGAGGCAGGGGAAGGGUGGUGGCAUGCACCAGGACCUAAGAGCGGGGAGGGGAGGCUUGAGAUAGGGGUGGUGAGUGUGUAUGACAGAGGUCUUUUCUGCAUCUGACAGAGCAGUGUUUGUGUCCUGUUUGGCUGAGGAAUGCUGCUGUCCUGGGUGACAGGGGGCAUUAUGUGGGCCUUAUGUCACUACUGGGUGUCUUGAAGCUGCACACAGAGCUGGCGCGUCAGUCGGCACACUACUAACAUGCGUGACGGUCACAUCAGGCGUGAUACAUGACCAGAAAAUCUCAGCGCCCAGGGCAGAAAUCCUCCACCGUCUGCAGAUCAGUCCUCUGACUCGAAGCUGUGAUACGUUUCUAUCUUGCUCAGCUUUCUGUACUUUUUAAUGUAGUCUGUAUGGGAAUCCAGGUUUUCCUUGUUUGCUGGACAGCUGGAGAGCUCUAGACGAGGACAGUACAGUAUGUGUGUUUUCGUGUGUCCCAGUUGGAGGAUGAGUUCGGUGCAGACCGGGAGAGGCAGCGUGGCGAGCUUGUUCAGCUGUGCGAGGGCUCGGAGGGUUAAAUACUGCCGAGGCUCUCUCACACACAUACUGCGACCGGGGGCUCUUUCUCAAAUACACACAAUGAGGCUAAGAGGCCUGGGGUUGGGGUCACAGGCUCUCGGUUCUCACACUCUGGACCAGUACUUCAUCCCUGCUUGGGACUCCGACUCUGUCCCUGGUCCCGGUGCUCAGAGUGGCUGGCCGCUCCACCUUCGUCUUUCGACUCACCAUCGUCAUCUUCACUCUUGAAAUAUGAGGAUCCAUGGAGUCCAGCUGCUGAAAUCAUCAGACCUUGGCCGCCAUAGUCUACUCUAUCUAAAGGAGAUUGGACAUGGGUGGUUUGGCAAGGUUCUGCUGGGUGAGGUCAAUGCGGGCCUCAGCACCACCCAGGUGGUUGUAAAGGAGCUGAAAGCCAGUGCCAGUGUCCAGGAUCAGAUGCAGUUCUUGGAGGAGGCGCAGCCAUACCGAACCCUCCAGCACCCUGCCCUCCUGCAGUGCCUGGCACAGUGCUCAGAGGUCACUCCUUAUCUGCUGGUCAUGGAGUUUUGCCCUCUGGGCGAUCUGAAGAGCUAUCUGCGCAGCUGUCGGGUGGCCGACUCCGAGACUCCUGACCCUUUGAUCCUCCAGCGAAUGGCGUGUGACAUUGCCUCAGGGCUUCUGCAACUCCAAAAAUACAACUUUAUACACAGUGACUUGGCCUUGCGAAACUGCCUGCUAACUUCAGAAAUGUCAGUUAAGAUCGGAGACUAUGGCCUUUCUCACAGCCGAUACAAGGAUGACUAUUAUGUAACACAAGACCAGAUGUGGGUGCCCCUGCGCUGGAUUGCACCUGAGCUCAUAGACGAAGUCCACGGAAACCUGCUGGUCGUUGACCAAACAAAGUCCAGCAACAUAUGGUCAUUGGGGGUGACUGUGUGGGAGCUGUUUGAGCUGGGAAACCAGCCGUACAGACACUACUCUGACAGACAGGUGCUGACAUAUGCUGUGAAGGAACAGCAGCUCAAACUACCCAAACCCCUGCUCCAGUUCCCCCUGGCUGAGCGCUGGUACGAGGUGAUGCAGUUCUGCUGGCUACAGCCGGAGCUGAGACCUAGCAGCGAGGAAGUCCACCUUCUGGUCACAUACUUGUGUGCCAAAGGCUCGUGUGAGGCUGAGGAAGACUUUGAACAACGUUGGAACGCCUUGAGACCCAAUCUGUUCAGCAGCACCUCCCACACAGCUGCAUCCACAAACCUAGUCCUGACCCCUACACCUGCCUCAGCUGACGUCCCCAGUCCAGACCAAACACAGGCAUUGGAGCUGGCCUCCUCUGCCUCGUCCUCCUUCCCCCUCCUGGAGCACUUCUCUGACAGCUUCCACUCCGACACAGGGGAUGACCUGCUGACCGUCACAGAGACCAGCCAUGGUCUCAACUUUGAGUACAAAUGGGAGCAGGCCCGAGCUGAGCAGCCUUACUGCUCCUCCUCCACCAGUGGGGCACUGGGCCAGGGGAACCCAUAUUACCAGGAUAUCUACUAUUCAAUUAAAGGAAGCACCUCAGGGGGUUGCAAGACUGACAGCCCGACAUCGGGCCUAUCCCCAUCCUACUAUGAACCUGAACACCCUGGUGUAGUCCCAGUAUUGAGUGCCCACAGCCCCUCGGUCAGCAGCGAGUAUUACAUUCGCAUAGAGGAACCAAUGGAGUGUAACAUUAACCUGGAUGACAGCGUGGUGGACUACAGCCCAGGACUGGAGGCCAGCAGCAGCAGGUUGUCCUCUGAGAGUCGGACUGGUCAAUCCAUGGCACAGCCCAGUGCUUACUGGUCAACUGACAACAACAGAUCUUCUGCCUAUGACUCUGAUUCAAGCCCCACCGUCCAACUAAACAUGGAACCACUGCUGAGACGGCCAUCCAGCACCAGCCCUGUAAAGCUACGCCACUCGCACAACUGCUUCUCAUCCAGUCAAGAUGACACGAUCUACUGUGAACAGUCAUCGGCAUACAAGGCCCGGCAACCCUGUCUGUCUGUACUGGAUACAUCGCCAGAUUCCAGAUCAAACCUUGUCCAUCCAGUUGGGCGUUUAGAAAACCCGCGCAGUUUGUCACAAGCAGUCAGCAGCCCAAGCUUAGGGUUCUGUGAUCCCUACCUUGAAGCAGGCACAGGCCGGAGCAUGGUGAAUGAAAGCUGCCAUAAUAUGAUGGGUCCCCUCAGAAAGACACUACCCAUUGUUAACCACAUUAGCAUCGAUGUCGAGACCGACGACGGCCUGCUGGUGGGCCAGCAGAGAGGCGACGACAUCGAGGAUGACCUUUUCUCUGAAGGAGAGGCCACUAACUGGACCUCAAACCAUUCAGCAAACAAUAAUAGCCUGAGCUUUGACGGCAGGCAGACAGGCAGUGGGCAUGACAGCUAUCUGGACCUUCAAUAUACUGCUCACUCUAACGCAACAGAAUUAUGGUCUUUAACCAAGGCCACCACAAGAACCUUCCACAGCUCCAGGUUUUGUGGCACCUUCGAGGCAGAAGGAGGAGACUCUGGUUGUAACGCUGCUAGCAAGCCCAGUGAAUUAGGUUCAUACAUUCACUUAUGUCACAAGGAAAAAGAGGAGGCUGCCACUCAAGCAGAAAAUAACUUAACUGCAGAACAUCUAAGAAGUAUAUAUUCUCUUACCAGCUCAAGUAUUAAUGCCAGAAGUGCAGGGGGUCGAACAAUGGAGGGACAAUAUGAAAAGCAGUUGUUGCCUAAGGGAGAGAGAUUGUACUCUGAGCCUAAGAUGAUACCUGAGCCAAGUUAUAUAAAGUCUCCAUCCUCUUUCAAGGAGGCUCAGACUGGCCAAACAGGAGCCUUGUCAGACAAGCGGCAAGGUAACAUGUGGGAGGGGGUUUCAACAGGAAUCCCUGUUGGUCAUGGAGACAAGAGGCUAAACUAUCCAGAUACAUCAGAAAGUAGCAGAGGAUUGGACAGUGGAGUGGGGGUCAGACACUACAGCAUUAGCCUGGUUGAGCUUGGUGACUUUAGUGAGGAUGAUGAUGAUGACAUCACAGAUAUUACAUCGGGGAUCUUUGCCGACUUCAACCUGGACUAUGCUGAGAUAGAGGAGGAAGAGCUCAGCCCAUUAAAGCAUCCGGAGGGAACUCCUGACUCUGUAGACACCCUUAACCUGUCCUCAUCGAUGGCAAGUAAUCAGGCCUUCAGCCCCGAUCCCUUCAAUACUCCUGUCCUACCCAAAUCCCUGGACAGUGGCUAUGACACAGAGAACAAUGAAUCUCCAGAGUUUCUCUUCAAAGAGCUUGGAGAUCCCCGGUGUGGUGAGAGGAGCCCUAGGCUGGGGGGAGAAGCAGAACUAGUUCUGCAGGUGGGUUUGGGACAAGGGGUCUGCACCUCAGAGCUACAGUUAAAGAGCCUGACUGACAAGAAUGCAUACAGGGAUUCAGCCUAUUUCUCAGACUAUGAUGCUGAAAAUGAGAGGAGCCCUCAAGAGGAAGGCAGUAAGUUCUUUUCAGGUCCAAGUAACGGUGACUUUCAUACUGAGAAAUUGAGCACCAUCAAAGAUGAUGAUAUUGUGAAAAGGCAAUUAAACGAGAAACAUUUAACAAAUCUAAGACACAUCAAAAGUUGUGUUUUGGUGAAUCACUCAGAGGCUGACCUUGGCUCAAACAAUCCCCUCCCCACCCCUGGGUUGUCCAUGCUAUCACCGUUUCCUCCACAGAUGGGUGGCUGCCUGACUAAAGAGUCUGCCCCUGCAGAUGAUGAUCUUGGGUUGACGGAGCACUCAGGAGAGGAACCUUCCUCAGAGCUUAGCUCCUCCAUUGGGUCUGACGCCUCUUCCACUGCCCAGGAGGCCUCAGGAAACCAUAACCAGGGGAACAGGAGAACAGAAGAUUAUUCUCCUGUCCAGUCUUUGAAUUCUGACUCCACCAUAACUGACUACAGAGAUGAGGCCCCCAACAAAAAGGAAAGUGGUGAUGGAUCCACAGAGGAUGAGCUGCCCGAAUUCAAUCACGUCCAGGAAGAGACGGAGGACAGAAGGGAGGGUGCGAGAAUAAACGAGGAGGAUUUUGAGGACAUAGACGCGGGGGAAUGCGACUCACAGGACAGCUUAUGUGAGGAAUCUAACGGCGCUGUCGACCUGUCCUCUUCCUCGUCAUUGUUGGAGCUGUGCGGAGAAGAUGUGAGAGCGCCGCUGGAAGAGGCCGAGGAGGAAGAUGAUUCAGAUGACAGCGAGUCUGAUGAAGAGUUGAGGACUUAUAACAUCCAAGAUGAAGACAGCGAGGAGAGUGAGGAGGAUUUCACCCCGGUGCCAGUGGUGGUAAGCGACUGCAGCAGGGCUAGACACCUCCGCAGUCUCCUGAAGAUGCCCACAUUGCUCACCCAGUCCUUCUGUGACGAGCUGGAGAGGAAGAAGAAAGCGGUGUCCUUUUUUGAUGAUGUGACGGUGUUCCUUUUUGAUCAGGAGAGCCCUACGGGAGAGCUGGCAGAUUACGCCUUCCCCACUGGAACAGAGUCCAAUGGACAGGAAUCUUCGGGGGAAAAAAACGCUGACCACCAGCUGCAACCUGACCCUGAACUUGAAGCUCGAUCCUGUGAACCCUUUUGUGUUUCUGAAGAAACAGAUGGGAACAACUCAGAGAAGGGUGCGGGUUAUGAAUGGGAAGAUGAACUCUUGUUAGAGCCGCAUUCAUCCUCACCUAAAACCAUCCCCGAGCCCCCGUCCUCACCCACAUCCCCCUCCAACCGUCCCGAGGCUCCGAAACCUGCAGCUGUAGCGCUUAACCGGUUUAUGGUCUCCCGAUUCUCUAUCACACAUGUCUCCGACCCCCACAUGGGCUCAGCUACAGGUAACAGAGAAGAUGGCCCAAAAGAUUGAUUGGCCCCACGGUCCUGAGUGGACGAGGAUGAAUCCUGGUCCUUCUCAACACAGAAAAGCAGCAUUAUUAUAUUUAAAUGUUUUACAGAGUUUUAUUUUUUAUCAACAUUUGGGGCAUCUGACCCUGGUGACCCUUUAUGAGACAGUGCCUCAUAUUGUAGUGGGAAAAAAAACACGAUUAUUUGGCACCUUUUUUAUUUUGUGGCAAAAGGGAUAGCUGCUGGUGCGGUAACCUGAGUGAGACAACCAAGCCGGUGGAUACAAUUCACAUUGUAUUGUUUGCAGAAUUAAAAUCUACAAGUUUAUUAGUUAAUAUACAGUAUAUCUCGAUUUCUGUUGGUGACCUUACAGCUAAAUUAGUUAACUUAAAAGAAAAUAACAGGUGAAUUAAAGGAAAUGACAGGCUUCAUAACUGCUCCUCUCAUUGGCUGCCAUGGUCCACCCGCUCAACAUUUCUCUGGCAUUUUUAAAGACUGUUUCAGCCCUCAUUGUUGGCCCCAGAGAACAAUGCUCAAUAAUUGUUGCUAUUGUCGAUUUCUAAACACAAAACCAGACUUUAUAAUAGCCGUGGGCGGUGGUGGUGGUGAGGGUGUUUGUAGAAUGGAGGUACAGGAACUUAUUUAGUCCCUUAAUCCAAAUCAUAUUGAUGGUGGAUUCGCUAUGCUAUGGAAAUAUGAUGCAGGAAAUCAAGUUGUCACUCCCUAAUUAUCACCAACACUCACUCUGAUUAAUGAUGACCUACAGUAUAUGUCUAGAGUUAUCAUAUCUGUCUGAAGCACUUUGUAUAGCCAAACUGGGUCUUUUAUUGUGGAAGUUGUGGUUCUGUUGCUCUUCAUCCACCCCCCUCUCCCUCUAUCCUGGAAUGAAAAUAUCUAAACGUGUGAGGUUCCUUAUUUGUGUCCACAGUGCCAGCUACAGUUUCACUUUAUUUGUGGCAUAUUAGCUUUGUUUAUGUGACAUUUCAUCAGCAAUAGUGACACCGAAGGGAUAGUGUUUCAACACUACCGAGCGGUGUCAUAUCAAUAUGUCAUCAUGCAUCUUUUCUACAUCCAUGUAUUGUCCACAGUGUCAUACAUAAUGUAUUCUAUUAGAUUUGUGCUGAAUGCCCGGGUGUAGAAAAAAAAAACAACUUCAAAAUAUGACAUCUCACAUAUUGUAUGAAUGUUUUACCAACAUGUAGCAGGUAGCUUGACUUGAAUUACUACUGCUGUAUCGACUGCUCCCUCCCCUUCUCUAUCCUUCUGUAGCUCAAAGUGUCAAUUCAGUUUCCUCUCAACCUUGCCUUUUCAUUUCUGCAAGAAGAGAAAACGUUGCUAGUAUUUUUAUACGAAUUUGAAAAAGAUGCAAUCCAGGAUGAUUGUCUCUUAAAAUUUGCCGGAGAUAUUACAAGGCCUAUUGGCUAAAGUGGCAGACACCUUUGGAGAAGGUGAGGUGGGUUGCUGUGUGCACCGGUAGUAACAUCGUUGCUCUUUCCAUUUUCCCCCUCACUCAUUGCUAUUGUACUAUCCCAAACAAAUAAAUCCAAAUACUUUUUCCCCUUUGUGUGUCUGUGAUACAUUUAUCUGCAUCGAUGUCGAAGAGGUGCACUUUCCUACAAAACAAGACCACAUGAAAACACGACACAUGAAAGUGUGAAGUUUCUGCCCAUUCAGAUUUAUUUUGGACAAGAUAAUUUAUGCACUUUCUGUACAGUACGGAUAUAAUACAAACGGGGACAAAAGUGAGAAAUGGACAAUGAAAGCUAUAUAAAAGUGUAAAAAAAAAAAAAAAAAAAAAAAAAAAAA